CAGGAUGCUGGCACUGCAAGGCUGAGUGAGCGAGUGACAGCCCCAUCACAAACCGUCGCUUCGAGCCGAUAAGAGUCGGCACUGGAUGGCUCCGGGCCACACUCUGCCAUGUCGCUGACCGUGGAGGCUGCGUGGCUGUGGCUGCCCGUGAUAGCUGCCCUGGUGAGCACAGGAGCAGCACAGCCCGCCUCGGGAGCGUGCUACACAGAGGUGGACCCCAGGACCGGUGUGUGCAGCAAGGAGCUGCUGCUCGGUCAGAAGACGACCCAGGAAGCCUGCUGCCGGAACCCAACCUUUGGGUUUGCCCAACAAGGGAGGGCAUGCGUUGCGUGCCGGAAGGCGUUCCAGUCGGAGUGGUCUGACUGGUCGCCCUGCAGCGUCUCGUGUGGCAGUGGCGUCAGCUCUCGGUCCAAGGUCUGCAUCGGAACGGGCGCCUGCAACAAAUUACUCCCCUUGGAUCAACGCUUCCAGGUCCGCAUCUGCAACGCGGGCGUCUGUUGCCCAGUGCGAGGUGCUUGGGGCAGCUGGGGCCAGUGGUCUGCCUGCUCCGUCACGUGCAGCGCGGGACAGAAACGUCGCGCCAGAACGUGCGAGGGUGCCCAUGCGUGCGGCGUCCGCUGCGACGGCCCAGCCAGCGAGAGCGUGGCCUGUGAGACCGGACAGAUCUGCCCGACUCACGGAGCAUGGGGCUCAUGGUUGUCGUGGGGCGAGUGCUCCAAGACGUGCCGGGACGACGGCGCCGUGCGGAGGAGGAGCCGUGCGUGCGACAACCCCGCGCCCUCCGUGGCGCCGCUUGGCUCGCAGUGCCCUGGCGCCUCCCAGGAUACGGGGCCCUGCCUGGAUCUGGACCCCUGCCCUGUGGACGGCGCGUGGAGCGCGUGGAGCGGAUGGUCGGGGUGCAGCGUGACGUGCGGGCUGGGCACGAGGGUGCACACCCGUCUUUGCGACAGCCCGGCACCGCGCUACGGGGGCCGGCUCUGCCCCGGCAGCGAGGACGGACGGCAAAGCCAAACCGAGCUGUGCGACUCCCGUCACAUGUGCCCCGCCGACGGCAAGUGGACGGAGUGGUCGUCCUGGUCGACGUGCAAGUCCAAUACGCCGUACGAAAACCGCUGCCGGCACCGCGUGGGCAAGCAGACGAUGCAGCGCUUCUGCGUGGGGCAAGACGAGGAGGGCACGGCGUGCAACGGCGAGGGAUUCGUCAUCCGCGCCUGCUACAACCUGGAAAACUGCACCAUCCGCGAGCUGAAGGUGAAAAAUCCCGAGUGGGGCGAGUGGGGCGAGUGGAGCCUUUGCCAACCCCCGUGCGGCCAGUGCUCCACCAGUGUGCGCCAACGCGUCUGCAAGACGCCGCUGCCUCCCUGGAAAACCGUCAAGCCGGUUGGCGCCAAUGAGAACAUCCCCAUCACGUUCUGGGGAACUCCGGCUGAGGAGUGCCCUCCCCGCAACGACGCGGAGGAGAAGCGGCAAUGCCCUGCUCUGCCCGCUUGUCCCAGGGGCGUGGAUGACGGCUGCAAGGGAGUUCGUCCCAAGCCUACAAAGCCCCACUGUGAUGGGGGCAGCGGGGAUGAGAACGGCUCCGGAGAAAACGCGAGCGACGUGGACUGUGAGAACUAGGAAAUCGACUGCACCACGGGACAAGAUGCAAACCCAUCACCCUGCCUGGAUUGUGCUUCAAAGCAGCACAUUGAUCUUAAGAUAUUCUGGAUCUUUCGGUAAAGUCACGUAGAAGGGAAG